AUAGGCUAGUUUGUUGAAUCAUCCCAAAAGGGCCAAUACUAUUCUAGCUUCGGCUACUGUAAAACCUCAAAAUCUGCAAAGUUCCGUUUGUUUCUCGAGAAAGAGGGGGAAAAACCUAUAUACUCUAUUCAUUUGAUAUCAAAAUUUCUAGUACUACUACUACUACAAAUACAAGGUUGCAAUAAACAUGGACAUAAUAUCUCAGUUACAGGAGCAAGUGAAUCAAAUAGCAGGGCUUACUUUCAACACUUUUGGUACUCUUCAAAGAGAUGCACCAUCAGCCAGACUCUCUCAAAACUACCCAGAACCUCCUCCAAAUCCUACAGAAGAUGCUGCCAGUUUCCCUGAGCAACCAAAACAGAUGAGUGCUGCCCUUGUCAAAGCUGCUAAACAGUUUGAUGCAUUGGUUGCAGCACUCCCUUUGUCUGAGGGAGGUGAGGAAGCCCAACUGAAAAGGAUUGCAGAACUCCAGGCUGAAAAUGAUGCUGUAGGCCAGGAACUUCAAAGGCAACUGGAGGCAGCGGAGAGGGAGCUAAAACUGGUGCAAGAGUUGUUCGGUCAAACUACAGAUAAUUGCUUGAACUUGAAGAAACCAGAUUGAAGAUAAUUCCCCACACCUCUUAAAUUUUUUAAGGAUAUUGCUAGAGUUACUCAAGGUAUUUGGUUGACUGUUUCUACAUAUACUCAAAAGGCAGAAGCAGAAUGCUGUAUUAGUAAUUAUCUAUUAGAUCUAAAGUCAUUUUCUUGGAAUUCCUUUUUGUAGAACCAACACUCACUUGGAGAAGGGAAUACCUAGCCUAUGCUAAUGUAGUUAUUGUAGAACGAAUUGCACCACCUGAGUUUA